GCAGUAGAUUAUAGAAAGCUGACAUAAGCACAUCAUCUUGUCAGGAUCUAUAUUUUGGGGUUAGUCCUAGAUUUGGGCAGUAACCUGUCAAAAAUUCUACCAUAAAGGACGGAUUGUUCUGUUACAUGGCCAUGGAAUCUAGAAAUAUAUAUCCUGGGGUUGAAAAAACCAAUUAUGUUAAAGAUAAUGGAAGAAGAAAGCUUCUGAUCAUUGGGAAAACUGGUACAGGAAAAAGUUCUCUCUGUAACGUGAUAACUGGUUAUGAUCAUGAUGCAGAUAUAUAUCCAGUAUCAGCAGAUCCAGAAUCUUGUACACAAGGCACAAAGUUUGCCAAUGUACUGUUCAAUGGAGACCCAACACUUCCAAUAUCUCUGAUUGAUACAAUUGGAUUUGAUGAUGCAACUAAGAAUGAUGAUGCAGCCAUUAUUGCUGAGCUUGUCAGUAAACUGAAUAAUGACUGUGAUCAUGUAAAUCUAUUUGCAAUAGCUGUUAAUGGGCAGAACCCAAGACUGGAUGGCUCUCUGGUUGCGAUUAUCAGAAUAUUUGAGGAAAUGUUCACUACCGAGUUCUGGAAACAAGCGGUAGUUAUAUUUACAAGGGUUCAGCAAGAUGUAAAAACAAAGACUAGAAGAGAACAGAAGAAUAAGAAAAGUGAUGUUGAAUUAGCAGCCAACUAUAUGAGGGUUGUUGAGGAGAAGUUUCCUAGUGGUAAAGGGUUAAAAUAUCUUCAUAUGGAUGCAUGUUAUGACAAGGAUGAUAAUGUUGAAAACGCUGCAUUUCUCGAAGCUCUUGGCACACUUCGCAAGUCUUUAGAAGAUAAUCCUGGCCUUACAACAGCUUCUAUUAGACGAGUAGAAACCGAGAAUGAGACUUUAAGAAGAAAGAUAAAGGAACAAGAGCAGUGGCGAAAAGAGGCCGAAGAUAAAUUCAAAGAAGCAGUUGAAAACAUGGGGUGUAAAGCUAAAGAGGAAAGAGAGUUGGUUGAGGCUAAAAUGCUAAGAAUGAUGGAAGAGCAAAAUGCAAAGACAGAAGACGAGAGAAGGAAAACUGAGAAAAUGCAUCAACAGCAUAUUCAAGCAUUAAUAGAAGCUGAAGAAGAAAGAGAGAAAGAGAGACAAAGAGAACUAGAAGUUUUGAAGAAGGACCAUGAAGAUAAAGGACUUCCUACCAUUGGGCCUUUGGAUAAACUUCGCCAGUUCAUUGAAAUGAUUGCCACUCCUAUUAUCUUAGUUAUUGAGGCUGUUGCAAAGUUUAAAGCUUAAGAUGUUCAGAAGGCUUUCAUUCAUCAAUGCAUAAUAGCAUUGGAUUUCCAACCUAACAUAAAAAAGAUAUUGCCAAAGGUUUAAAUAUCUUUUAAUUAGUGCUUCAUGAUUCCUAUUUUAUGAUUUCAAAUGAUGUUUGCUU